AUGACAGUCAGCGGCCGUACGACCAUUCGAGCGAACGUGGAUUCAAACGUCACGAAACGGGAUCAACAGCAGCAACACAACAGCGGCGACAGACAGCGACCGAAACGGCGGACGAAAGCAACGCACCCGGUCAUGAUGGUGACCAGCUUUCUGUCCAAACCGUCCGCAAUUCUGCCGUCCGCAAUGGCGCACGGCACGCUGCUACUGCUCAUGGCGCUUCUGCUGCUCGGGACGCACUUGACCCCGGGGGUCGAGGGGAAACUGCAGCUGUGCGAGGUGGAAACGGGACAGUCCAGCAUCAUUCUCGACAUCGAGGAAAGCCGGGGCAGCUCAAUUACCCAGCAGACAAGCCCACCGGAGCUACCGAUAUCUGGUGACCCGACCGACGACAUUACGCUGGAGCUAGUGUUCCCGAAAGGCAAACCGACGUUCCUGCUCGAUGGCAAGUCCUUGCGGCUGAUCCAUCCACUAGAUCGCGACGAAGAGAACCUCAGCCACAUUGUGUUCCAGAUUACCUGCAUGGUGCGGUCGACGCGUCGCAAGCGCAACAUUCCGAUCAUCGUGCGAGUGUCGGAUGUCAACGAUAAUCCGCCGAUGUUUAUCAACACGCCCUACGAAACAACUGUCCCCGAGUCAACGCCCGUCGGGACAACGAUCUUCCGCAGCAUCCAGGCGACGGAUAAGGACGCCGGUGUCAACGGCCUGGUCGAGUACUUCAUCGUCGAGGGUUCGCAAAACAUCUCCGACAUCUCGCCGAACACGCUCACGGCGGCGGACGGAUUCGGCGUGUUUGCGAUCGCAUAUCCGCACCAGGGACAGGUCACCGUGGUCAAGACGCUGGACUACGAGCGGACGCAGCGGUACUACCUGACAAUCGUAGCAUCGGAUCGCGCCCGAAACGCAUCGGAACGACUGUCGGCCACAACAACGCUGACGAUCGACAUAGCCGACUCGGACGACCAGGACCCAUCGUUCAUCUAUCGGGGUUGCGAGCUGGUGGACGGAGCGUGUCUGAAUCCCAAGUACAGCGCGUCGGUCCCGGCCGGCACCCUGCAGGGUGUGCUGACGGUAACCCCCGAGCGCAUCCAGGCGGUGGACCUGGACACGAUCAGCGCCCCGAUACGGUACUCCUUCAAGGAUGGCGUGCCGGGCAACUACGGCGACUAUUUCGAGAUCGACGCACAGACGGGCGUGCUGAAGCAGACGAAGCUGGUCGAUGCGUCGGUGACGGCGAAAAAGUUCGACAUCACCGUCCGGGCGGAAGAGGUGUCCGACAUGAAGCGCUACACCGAGGCGAAGCUGGCGAUCCACGUCAAGCCGGUCGAUGCGUUCCCACCGGCGAUUAGCACCACCGCCAUGGAGGGUUUCGUGGACGAGAACUCCCCGAUCGGCACGGUGGUGAUGGACGCGAGCGGCAGCCCGAUCAAACUGUCCACCAGCGACCAGGAUCUCGGGCCGGACGGCGAAACCAUGGAGUACAUCUACGAGGUCACGACACCAUCGUUCACCGUCUCCAAGGAGGGUGUACUGCGGGUCAACGAGGAGGGUCUGGAUCGCGAUCCACCGAGCCCGGGCAAAUACCUGUUCCAGGUGGUGGCUCGGGAGGCGAGUGGGAAUGCCGCCAGUGCACCCAUGAGCCUCACGGUUCACCUACGCGAUGUGAACGACAACGCACCGAAGCUGGCGAUGGUUGCACCGGUGACGCUGAUGGCCGGCGACGGACGCCGGUUGGUGACGAAGGUGCACGCCACGGAUAACGACGCCGCGGAGAAUGCCGUCGUGACGUACUCGAUCUUCCACGUCUCGAACAACGGGGCGAACAAGUUCGCGAUCGACGCCCAGACGGGAGAGAUUGAGACUCGGGCUCGGCUAAAUGCGGGCGAGCAGUAUAGCAUCACGGUGCAGGCGGCGGACGUCGGGGGACUGUCGUCGCAGGCCAUCGUUGAGGUGACGAUCACGCCCGGUCCGAACACGAAGCCACCCCGCUUCGCCAAGCCCGUGUACGAGGUGCAGGUCAGCGAGGGGGCCGAAAUCAACUCGACCGUAAUCGUGCUGAAAGCGGAAGAUCCUGAGAACGAUCCCGUCAGCUAUGCCAUUACGACCGGUAACGACCUGCGCCAGUUCUCCGUCGGCAAGGACAGUGGUGUGAUAAGCGUCAUACGCAAAUUGGACCGGGAAGACCUAACACGCUAUCAACUGAUCGUGCGAGCGGAAGACAACGGCGGGUUGGCGAGCAGUGCGACCGUUAACAUUAAGGUAACCGAUAUCAACGACAAGAAUCCAGAGUUUGAUGAACGUCAGCUGCCCUACGUGUUCUCGGUGGAUGAAGGUCGAGAGAACGUUGCGAUCGGAAAGGUCCACGCGACCGACGCCGAUGAAGGCAUGAACGCCGAGAUCACGUACACCAUCCCAUCGGACAUUCCGUUCAAGAUUGACUCGAAGACGGGCGAGGUACGCACGAGGACGGCCCUCGACUACGAGAAGCAGAAGGAGUACCGUUUUGUCGUGACGGCGAAGGAUGGCGCACCAGAACCUCGUUUGGGUACGGCCAGUGUUACGGUGAAGGUACGCGACGUGCCGGACGAAGUGCCUCGAUUUAUGGAGUCCACGGUGGAGGUGCGCAUCCCAGAGAACGUUCCCGAUCUGGCCGUCACCACGGUGCGGGCUUUCGAUCCGGACACCAAGCCCGAGAUAACGUACGCACUGAAGCGCGGUCCUGGGGAUCUGUUCAAGGUGGACGCCCGCACGGGUCAGAUUAAGACGAUCCGCGGGCUGGACUACGAGAAGGAUAAGAUGCACGAGCUGAUCGUGGGCACACUGGAGAACAACGGCACCAACCCGGGCGACUACAUCAAGAUCAUGGUAGAGGUGGAGGACCGCAACGACAUCCCGCCCGUGUUCGUGUCGAUUCCCGAGCCGGUGAGCAUCAACGACAACCUGCCGAUCGGGUCGAUCGUCGGUUCGAUGCCUGCCGUCGACGGCGAUGGUUCGUCGCCGGGUAAUGUGGUACGCUACGAGCUGGUUGGCCGUGGUAAGGCGCUGAAGUAUUUCCAGGUUGACGCCGAUUCCGGCAUUGUGCGUAUCCGGGACGAUCUCGGCAAGGAGGAAGACAGCGAGUAUUUGAUCGACGUGCGAGCGUUCGAUAUGGGCGAACCGCAGCUCAGCAGCGUCUCGACGUUGCCCGUGUACGUGGGUCACAUUCCGGCCAAUCCGAACGGGGACUCGGCUGAAUCUCGCCUGGAGAACGGUGGAAUCGUGAACCUCGAGGUACAGGGUUUGGCGUUCAGCGACGAUAGUUACACCACAAGUGUCCCCGAGUCGACGGGUGUCAAUGCCACGGUGAAACUCAUCCAGAUCAUCAACUCCAAGAAGGCCACCAAACACAACGGUGGUUUCAGCUGCGAACUAACCGGAGGCAAUGAUGAAAAGCUGUUCCGCAUCACCAUCGAAGAUCACGCGUGCGCGCUUGUGUUGAACGCCCCACUCGACUUUGAGACGGCCAGCAGCCACACGCUGUCGGUACGGCUGUCCUCGAACAAGUACUUCGUCAAUCAGCACAAAAACACGGCCACGGUGAAGGUGAUCGUGCAGGACGAGAACGAUAACGUGCCACGGUUUGUGUUCCCCAAGGCGUACCAGCAGAGUCCACGGAACGACACCUACUACGCGGUCAUCAACGCGAACGCCGACAUCGAGACGCCGCUGAUCCAGCUAAAGGCCACCGACCGGGACGUGGGCCCGUACGGCCAGAUCAAGUACGCCCUGCACGACAUCGACGAGCAAUCGAACGAGAUUCCACACGACGACGCACCGAGCACGUACUUUACGAUCAGCGAGGACACCGGUAUGUUGAAGACGCAAAAGUCCUUCCAGAACGUACACCGCAUGCCGUUGGUGUUUCUGGUGGAGGCGCGCGACAACAACGGUAACACAUCCGCCGGCACGGUGCACAAGGCGCGAGCCCGGGUCGUCGUGAACCUGAUCGCCGACAUCAACCGGAUGACGCUCGUUUUUCUCGACUCCAACCCGAAGGAUAUGCGGAGGCAUGCGCGCACGCUGGAGGAGUUGCUGCACGAAAAAACCGAAGGACUCAUCACGGGCAUCGAGCGGUUCAGCGUCCGGAAGGUACUGAACGAGAACGGCACGGUGGAGGAGGUGGCCGGUGCAACGGAUGUGUGGUUCUACGCCGUCGACCCCAAAACGGAGCGUAUCCUCGAGCGCAACUCGAGCACGGUCGUGAACCGUGUCUUUGCGCCGGCAAUCCUUUCGCAGAUCAACUUCGAGGCAUCGGGCAUUGCGCGAGCGACAGCGCAGGGCAUCUUCGGUCCGAUCGAACCUAAACUGCCCAUCCAAAAGAUCAAGGCCACGAUCGUUGGUAACGAUGACGUGUUUCCGUUCGCACUGAUCGCCGUUGCGAUCGUCAUACUCAUCCUGGGAUCGAUCGGAAUCGUCUACAUUUGUAUUUCAUGGUCAAAAUACAAAAACUUUAAGCAAAGAAUGCGCCAGUAUACCGCACCCGCUAGCCCCGUACGCUAUGACCCGGUCAUGAUCAACUCCCAGCAACCGCCGUCCGAGAACCCGACCAGCUUGAAGGAGUACGAAACGCAGGUCCUCGCCAUGGCGGUCCCGCUAACCGAGGAGGGCGACGAUCUGCAGCUCGAUUUCAGUGCCAAAAAUCACGCCUUCAGUUUGGACAAUGUCAGCUACAUUACGCACAAAGAAAAUGGUCAGCACAGUCCUACAAACUCCGACGCAACGACCGCUGUUGUUGGCACGCUCCAGCGGAACAAUAACAACAACACGAAAAACAACAUUAAUCUUAACAUCAACAAUCGACAGAACACGCUCAACCGGACGCUCGAGAUGAACCGAAACAAUUACCUUAACCCGCUCGGUUCGGCCGGCAACGGUGCCGUCCCCGGGACGCUCACGCUGGGCAGGAUCAAGUCGGAGCGGAACAACUACAUCAAUGGCUACGGUGAUACGUUGAACCGUAACAACCUUACGAUGGCCCAGAACAACACCUUCAACACGCUUGGCCGAAACCAGCGUAACAUAAACCAUGCACCCGGGCACAACAACAACGCCAACCAUGCCAGCAACAAUCUGAAUGCCAACGGUCACCACCAUCUGCACAAUGGCGGUGCGAACGGGGCGCACAUGGGCACGGAGAUAGUGACCAACACCCUCGGACGGAACAAUCGCUACAACGAUGUGCCAAUCACCAACCCUCUGUUUCAUAUCAGGCAAAACGGAGACCUGCAAUCGCAACCGCAGCUGAACCACAUCAGUCCAACGAACGAAAACGUUAGCUUCGGGAAGCGUGACUACAAUCAACUGUCGUUCUCCUAUCUCAAUGAUCUUGAUCGGUCAGAUGCGGAAACCACCACCGAGCUGUAG